CAUUAGCAAUAGACAAACAAUAUACACAAUUAAUUACAAAUAGAAUAUCAACCAGAGCUUAACAAGAAAUACAAAUGGUGCGUUUGCCUGUCACCAUAUCAACCGAAGGCUGUUCUGGGUUUUCUUCUCCGACGAGUUUCCGAGAUGGGUCUGACCGGAAUAUACUUCCCUUGCCGGAAAACGUCGGCGGUGAUAAAGUUUAUGUGGCAGUUGGAAAGUCAGUUGAAAAGGCAGUGUCUUUGUUUCAUUGGACUUUUAGAAAGUUUAGAGAUAGAGAAAUUUGCAUACUUCAUGUUCAUCAACCUUCUCCCUUGAUUCCUACACUUUUGGGAAAACUACCUGUGACUAAAGCUAACCCUGAGGUCGUGUAUGAAUAUAGAAGAAAGGAGAAAGAAGAAAUGCAGAAGCUUCUGCUUGAUUACCUUGACCUUUGCACUCGUUCAAAGGUUAAAGCUUGCGUCGUGACUACCGAAAAUGACCAAGUUCGUAAAGGAAUUGUGAAUUUGAUUAACGAAUAUAGCAUACAAAAGCUUGUUAUGGGAGCUUUACCAGAGACUUGGAUGAAGGUGAAGAAAAACACUAGCAAAUCAAGUUAUGCUGCCAAAAAUGCACCUCCAUAUUGUCAAAUUUGGUUUGUAAACAAAGGUCAACUUCUUUACACUAAAGAACCUGCUGAGGAAUAUGAUUCUUUACCACCAUUGAUAUUUCAAGAUUCCAAUGCUUCAAGAUCUCAAUCUUUACGCUACCCCAACACUGAAAGGGAAUUACAAGUUUACCAUCGAUCUAACUCAAGCACAAGUUUCAUUGGUGGAAGUACAAGCAUGGUGAGGAGGUCACAGUCAAAUACGUCUUCAGAUUCUGGGUACUCAUCAUCUUGUGAACUUGAUCUGAGAUCUGAAGAAGAAAGCUUAUACAAACAGCUUGAAGAAAUUAACAUGGAAGCCAAAGCAUCCAGGAAUGAAGCAUUUCAAGAGCUUCUAAAGCGGAAAAGGUUCGAAGCACAAGCUAUUGAGGCACAUAACAAGGUAAAGGCUUAUGAAUCUGCUCAUGCUAAAGAAGUUCAACUAAAAGAAGUAGCUGAAGAUACACUAAACGUUGCAAAAAAAGAGUAUGAACAACUCAUGGAACGAAAAGAAUUAACAUCAAAAGAGCUGCAAAAGGCAAUGAGAAACAUAGCCGUCUUAGAGAGUCAGCUUCGAGAAUCAAAUCGUAGACGUGAAGAAUCUGCCGAAGAAUUAAAACUUAUCUUAGCAUCAAUUGCAACUUUAAAGGUCGAAAAACUAACAGUUCAAAGACAACGCUUUGAAGCUGCAAAUUGGCUCGAUAGGUGGAAAGCUCGUGGACAACCCAAAGCAAUAUCUCAUACGACAGAGAGAUUAAUGGAGUUUUCAUUGUUGGAUUUGGAAACUGCAACCUGCAAUUUCUCCGAGAGCUUUAAAAUUAAAUGUGAAAGUCAUGGCUGUUCGUUUUAUAAAGGCGAAAUGUCGACUAGGACAGUUAUGAUAAAGAUACUACAUCCAAAUAAUAUGGAAGCACAAUCAGAGUUCCAACUAGAGGUUGAAGUGAUCGGGAGACUGCAGCAUAAGCAUAUCUUGAGUUUAAUCGGCACAUGUUCGGAAGCCUAUGCCCUUGUUUACGAGUACAUACCGUGUAGCUUGGAAAACCACUUUUCUAAUAAAACCAACAAUCAUUUCAUGUCCUGGAAAACCCGAACUCGAAUCAUUUCCGAAAUAGCAAAUGCCAUUUUGUUCUUACACACUUCCAAGCCAAAAGCGAUUCUACAUGGCAAUUUAAAACCGGAAAACAUUGUUCUUGAUUCCGAACUGCACUGUAAACUAUGCAAUUUCAGAUUCUCUAAAUUGGUCAAUGAAGAAACAUACCGUUGUCGCAGUUUCCGUCAGUAUUCCGAACCAAAUGGACCCUUCUCGUUUACUGAACCGGAGUUGCUUCAAACUGGAAACUUGACUACCAAAUCUGAUGUUUAUUCUUUUGGGAUGAUCAUCUUGUGGCUACUCACACAUAGUCAGUCGGCUGGGUUAGCUAAUGAAGUUAGAAAGGCCGUUUCAGAUUCUAAUUUAGCAUCAGUUUUGGAUGCAUCAGCUGGUGAAUGGCCUGGUUUUGUGGCUAAGCGGUUAGCAGACUUGGGCUUGCAAUGCUGUGAGUCUGACCCUAGAGACAGGCCGGUGAUCUCACCAGUUUUGGUUAAGGAACUUGAGCAGUUGUUUUUUCUUGAAGAGCGCCGAGUGCCAUCAUUCUUUUUAUGUCCCAUUUUACAGGAGAUCAUGCAUGAUCCUCAGUUGGCGGCCGAUGGUUUCACUUAUGAAGGGGAAGCGUUGCGUGCAUGGUUGAAAAAUGGACGGGAAACUUCUCCUAUGACAAAUUUAAAACUUAGCCACUUGGAUCUUACUCCAAAUCAUUCUAUUCGGGCUGCAAUUCAAGACUGGCUGUGCAAUCCUUGACUAUACUUGACUUCUUAUUGCAUGUACCAUUAUAGAACAUAGAAAACACAAUAGUUCAAAAGAGGCAGUUAGCUCAAACACAUUUGUACAUGGUAAAGGUAAUAAAAGAUGGAGCAUUUCCUCGGUCUUUCAAUCCGUGUUAUUGAUGGCUGGACUUCCCGUAAUACAGAGUGGCAAGAUUGCUCUUGAAUGGAAAUGGAGCUUUAGGUUCAGGCAUCAAACACUUUUCUCUUAGGAGCCGAUUUUUGUUCGAACAGGACAUAAUUCCCAGGAGAAGCUGGAGCAUAUCAGAGCGUAAGAUUUUACAUCUUACCUCUCUGUUUACAUUAAGAAUCUGUACAGUACAAAUUAUUUAUAUAAGUGUUAACAUAAUGAAUGUAUAUGUGUUCUGUAUUUUUGCUUACAUUAAAGUCAAAUGGUCAAUGGAAUCAAA